AUGUCGAGCGAGUUCCCCAUGCUCUCCAUAGUAGGGAAGAGCAUCAUGUCGUCAUUGUCCAUGGGAGGAAGCACCACACCAAGAGUCUGCAUAUCCGUGGAGAGUUGCAUGUUCAUUGGGCAGGGCAUUGCCAUUGAAGCCCAUGGCCCAGGCAUCUGGCAUAUCCAUGUCCUUGAGAUCGAGGUUGAUGUGAAGGUUGUCGUUCUCCGAGAUAUCUGA